AUGAUGGAGCCAGCGGAGGGCUCAUCGCCGCCGCCGCCCGCAGCGCCUGCGCCUGCGCCGCUGGCACCGGCAGCGGCAGCGGCAGCGCGGGAGGCGAUCUCCAUCGAGAAGGCCUUCGAGGGCAAGACCCUGCCCGCAUGGAACGAGCAGAUCACGGUCCGGUCCGUGGUGGUGAGCGCGGCGCUGGGCGUGUUCCUGAGCUUCAUCGUGAUGAAGCUGAACCUGACCUCCGGCAUCGUGCCCUCCCUCAACGUCUCGGCGGGGCUCCUGGCCUUCUUCCUGAUGAAGACGUGGACGUCGGCGCUGGAGCGGUGCGGCGUGUUCCCGCGGCCCUUCACCCGGCAGGAGAACACGGUGGUGCAGACCUGCGUCAUCUCCUGCUCCAGCAUCGCCUUCUCCGGCGGCUUCGGGACGUACAUCCUGGGCAUGAGCAGGAAGAUCGCCGAGGGGUUCGACGAGGCCAACAACAGCUUGAACGUCGACGAGCCGUCGCUGUGCCGGCUCAUGGCGUACCUGUUUCUGGUGAGCUUCGUGGGGCUCUUCUCCAUCGUGCCGCUCAGGAAGAUCAUGAUCAUCAGCUACCGGCUGACGUACCCGUCGGGCUCCGCCACCGCGCACCUCAUCAACAGCUUCCACACGCCCCAAGGAGCCAUCCAAGCAAAGCAGCAGGUGUCGAUACUGUUCAAGUCGUUCAUGGGGAGCUUUAUGUGGUCGCUGUUCCAGUGGUUCUACACGUCGGGGAACGGGUGCGGCUUCGGGUCGUUCCCGACGUUCGGGAUGGCGGCGUACGAGCGGCGCUUCUACUUCGACUUCUCGGCGACGUACGUCGGGGUGGGGAUGAUCUGCCCCUACAUCAUCAACUUCUCGCUGCUCAUCGGGAGCAUCAUCUCCUGGGGGAUCAUGUGGCCCUACAUCGAGAGCAAGAGAGGGGACUGGUACGACGCCAGCCUCCCCAACAGCAGCCUCCACGGCCUCAACGGCUACCAGGUCUUCAUCUCCAUCGCCAUGAUCCUCGGCGACGGCCUCUUCAACUUCUUCUCCAUCCUCUUCCGGACCUCCUACGACAUGUACCUCAAGCGCACCGGACGUGCCAAGGCCACCGCCGCCGGAAUCCCUUUCGCCGGCGCCGGCAUCAUGAACGCCAACGAGAGGCAGGCGCUCAGCUUCGACGACCGCCGCCGCACGCAGAUCUUCCUCAAGGACCAGAUCCCGACCUCCGUCGCCGCGGGAGCCUACCUGCUCCUCGCGGGCAUCUCUGUCCUCGCCAUCCCGCACAUCUUCCGGCAGCUCAAGCCCAAGCACGUCUUCUGGGCCUACGUCAUCGCCCCCAUCUUUGCCUUUUGCAACGCCUACGGCACCGGCCUCACCGACUGGUCACUCUCCAGCAGCUACGGCAAGCUCGCCAUCUUCAUCUUUGGCGCCAACAUAGGAGCCAAGGAUGGUGGUGUCAUUGCGGGCCUCGCCGCCUGCGGUCUCAUGAUGGGGAUCGUCUCCACCGCCUCCGACCUUGUCCAAGACUUCAAGACGGGGUACCUCACCCUCACUUCCCCUCGCGCCAUGUUCGUGAGCCAGGUCGUGGGUACUGGCCUCGGCUGCAUCAUCUCCCCCGUUGUCUUCUGGAUCUUCUACCAAGCAUACGACAUCGGCUUGGACGAGGGCUACCCUGCCCCCUACGCCAAGAUCUACCGCGGCAUCGCCCUCCUUGGGACCAACGGCUGGAACGAGCUGCCUAAAUACUGCCUCAGGUUCUGCCUCGCCUUCUUCAUCCUCGCCAUCGCCAUCUGCGCCCUCAAGGAGGUGGCCAACUCCAAAUGCUGGUGGAUCCGCUUCUACAUCCCUAGUGCGCUCGGCAUGGCGGUGCCCUUCUUCCUCGGCUCCUUCUUCACCAUCGACAUGUGCGUGGGGAGCUUGAUACUCUACAUGUGGCAGAAGUCUAACCCCCUACACGCGCAGACGUUCGCGGCCGCGGUGGCGUCGGGGCUCAUCUGCGGCGACGGGAUAUGGUCGCUGCCGUCGUCGAUGCUGUCACUGGGAAACGUGAACCCUCCGAUGUGCAUGAGGGUCUUCGACGCCGAGACCAACUACCAGGUGGAGAAUUUCCUCUCGACGCUACCCGAAGUUGUCGCCACAUGA